AAAAGAAACUCUCGGGAUAUGAUUCGGUCCGAAGAUUCCAUAUCCCAAAUUUCAAAUAUCAAAGGAAUGAAAUACGAGAAUAUGAGAUCGAAUAAUGGUAUCGAAAUAUCCGAAUUUUCGAAUUUAGAUUCAAGUACCAGUUCCUUUAGUCUAUGAACUUCUCAACCUCAUUUUAAAUAGGAUAAUCCACCUCGAAAGCCAUAGCAUAUAUUAUAUAAAUCCACUAAUGAAAAAAAAAAUGGGUCGGAACAAGAAGACCAGAAUACAAAAUACAUUAUCACCAACGCCGGCCCAACCCGAAAGUCGCAUAUGCCAUGACCGAUUCAGUCUUCAAAAUCAAAGGGACACUUGAACGAUACAUCUUUUUUUUUUAAAAAAAAAUGAGAUCAAUAGUACCAUCGAUAUAUAAAGGAAGAGAGACUCCAACUUACUUUCAAAAAAAAAAAAAAAACACAGCAAUAUUUCACAGAAUGGUGGUGGCUGAUUUUGCAAACGACGUCGUAACAGGAGAGAAGGAGAAGAAGGAGGAUGAGCCGUUUGUCUCUCCCGGGGAUUACGUAAGAUUUGUGAGCCCAGGCGUUUACAGAUCGAACAGGCAGAGAUAUCUCAGAAGCUACACCUUCGCCAGCAACUCCCAUGCAGAAGAUGACGACGCCAAGGAACCCAGAAAAUGGUUCGAGAAUUUCAUGGCUUUUAACAAUGAAAAGGUGCUGAAGAAGAAGAAGAAGAAGACCACCAAUGACAAUAGCUCACGUGGGAAUUCGUUCAAGUCUUGUCUUAAAUUCUUGCUCUCUUGCUUCCAUAACCCAUGAAUGUGUAUAUAUGCAUAUGCAUAUGGGGAUAUCUAUUUCGUCCCAAAGUUUCGACCUGUUCGUGUCGAAUGGAUUGGGUUCCUAUUUUUCUUUUUUAUUGGAUCUAUUUUUACAUAUGGAAAUAUUCGAGUUCUUGGUGUAUAGAUUCAAUAAAAAAA